AUGCACUGGAUUUAUCGGACUUUUUAUUUCAUUUUCUUACUUGCUUCCGUUUACAGUGAAUGUGUGACUCAGAUCUAUGAAAAUACAUUCUUCCAAGGAGGAGACCUCACUACAGUUUUUGCACCAACUGCCAAUUACUGCCAAAUAGUGUGUACUUAUCAUCCUACCUGUCUGCUCUUCACCUUCUUGCCAGUGACAUGGACUAAAGAUCCCACAAAAAGGUUCUCCUGCUAUUUAAAAGACAGUGAUACAGAAAUGCUGCCGAAAGUGGAUAUGGAAGGAGCUAUCUCUGGACAUUCCUUAAAACAGUGCAACCAAAUUAGUGCUUGCAGCCCAGAUGUCCAUGUAGGACUGGAUAUGGAAGGGAAUAUUUUUGAUAUUACUAUGGCUGACAGCUAUCAAGAGUGUCAAAAACGAUGUACCAAUGACAACCGUUGUCAUUUUUUUACAUGUGUCUCUGAAACACUUCACAAUACAAGCUUUUGUAAAAAAUGCUUUUUGAAACAUACCAGUGUAGGAACUCCAACCAACAUAAAGGUGCUUGAUGAAGUUGUGUCUGGAUUCUCUCUAAAGCCAUGCCAGCUUUCUGAAUUAGAUUGUCAGAUGGAUAUUUUUGAAGAUCAAGAAUUUUCAGGAAUUAAUGUUACAACUUUUUUCACUCCUGAUAUUUCUGUAUGCCAAACUACAUGUACAUAUUUUCCAAUGUGCUUGUUCUUCACAUUUUUUACCAGGAAAUGGCAAAUAGAAUCUCAAAGAAAUCUUUGCCUUCUGAAGACAUCAAUGAGUGGAAUUCCAGAGGCACUCGUGUCAAAAGAAAAUGCUGUAUCAGGCUUUGGCCUCCUAAAUUGCAGAAGAUCUUUACCUGCCUGCAAUUCUCGCACUUACACGCAUAUGGAUUUUUUGGGAGAUGAACUUAAUAUCACUUAUACUAAAGGACACAGAGCCUGUCAGCAGGUUUGCACAGACAUGAUCCGCUGCCAAUUUUUUUCCUAUUCUCUCCUCCAAGGUUCAUGCAAAGAAGAAGGAAAGUGCAAGUGUCACCUAAGAAUGUCCUCAAAUGGAUCUCCAGUGAAAAUAGUAUAUGGGCCAGGAAGCAUCUCUGGAUACUCACUAAGAUUAUGCAAAAAAAGAGCCAGUACUGUGUGUAUGCAGCAUUCUGCAAGAACGAUUAGGAUCGUUGGUGGGACAGACUCUGCCCCUGGUGAAUGGCCGUGGCAGGUGAGCUUGCACGCCAAGUUGUCUCGCCAGAGACACCUGUGCGGGGGCUCCAUCAUCAGCAACCAGUGGAUUCUCACAGCUGCUCACUGUGUCACGAGUCUAGAGAAUCCCAACAUUUGGCGUAUUUAUGCUGGUAUUUUAAGACAAUCAGAAAUAAAUGAGGAUACGCCCUUCUUCAAAGUGGAAGAGAUUAUUGUUCACUCUCAGUAUAAAUAUGCACAGAUUGGAUAUGACAUUGCUUUAAUGAAACUUGCUAAGCCUAUGAAUUUUACUGAUCUUCAACUACCUAUCUGCCUGCCAUCAAAAGAAGACACUAACAUAUUUUAUUCUGACUGUUGGGUAACUGGAUGGGGAUACAGAAAGGAAAAAGGUAGGGUACAAGAUAUUCUUCAAAAGGCUCCUGUUCCCUUCAUGUCAAAAGAGGAAUGCCAGGCAAGGUACCGGAAGCACAGAAUAGGUGACAAAGUGAUCUGCGCUGGCUAUGAUGAAGGAGGAAGGGAUGCUUGUAAGGGCGCUUUUGUCACUAUCUCAACAAACCAUUCAAGAGGUGAAAAUAUGAAGCUGUUUCAGCUGCUCUCUCCAUUGUUUUUACUGCCAGCAGUGAUGAAAGUGCAUCAUCAAAAACACUCGUUCUAUGGAAGGCACUCUGCUGCACCUCUUCUUAUGAACAUUACCACUGCCCCUGGGCUACAAUAG